AGAUUCCUGCAGGUACGUGACCGAUCUAUACAUUUAUAUUUUAUUGUUGCAUCUUUAUCUAGUUUUACGGCUGGUGAACCUGCAGGCCUUUCUACGGGUUUGCUGCAAGCAUUUCGCAAAGGCAAUCUAGUUGAAUUGAACCAAGUUGGCUAGAGCCAUUGAAGUACUAGUUGAUUCAGAUACGGAAAAGCUUCAAAGCACACAAUCUUUGUAAUGUGAUAGUUACGCUACUAAUAAUCAAAAUGCUUACAAGGAUAUAACUAAUUUGCACAGUAGAAAUCCCAAGCAUUUUCUUGUCGCUGUUGACUCUUGUUUCAAUUGACUGACACUGAAAUGAAAAUACAUGCACCAACCACUUUCUUAGUUUAUUCUUGGUCAUCCCUGCUUCAAUUGACAGCUUGAACUAAUGUAGCCUUAUCCUUUUACCUUUGUUACAUAUUUCCAAUCAACAGUGCAGAGACUAGACCACAUAUCUGAAGAUUUUUUCCUUUUUUACAAUGAUCUGCCAUUUUGUCUUUUAUGAUUUAUUAUUCCAUUAUCUCAUAUUUUAUCAUUUUGUCCUUUAUGAUUUCUUCCACCAUCUCAUAUCUUAUCCUAACUGCUUGAACUAAUGUAGCCUUAUUAUUUUUCCUUUUUGAAGGGCGCCUUUUAAAUAUAAUUAAAAAUGGAUUCAGAAGCUACUAUGAAAAAAACAUUCUGGAGUGUCUGCUGCUCGAUAAAACUCUUCGUCCGAUCGGACUGGUACCUGCCAUCCUCACUUCUAAACGACAUCACAAAUGAUUUCUCAGAUGAUCUGGUAAUUGGUAGAGGUGGGUUUGCAGUGGUUUAUAAGGGAAUGCUUAGAAAUGGGACAAUCGCAGUAAAAAAGCUGAAUAAUUCACUCGAAAUGCAUGAAGAUAAUUUCAAACAGGAAGUAACCUGUUUGGUGGGUGUAAAUCACAAAAAUAUAGUGCGAUUUUUGGGUUAUUGUUCUGACACACAAGGAAAAAUGUUGGACUAUAAGGGGAAGCUUGUCAUGGCUGAUGAACGACAAAGGAUGCUCUGCUUUGAAUAUCUACCAAAAGGGUGUCUUCAUAAUUAUAUCACCGACGCAUCUUGUGUACUAGAGUGGAGGGCGCGGUAUCAAAUAAUCAAGGGAGUUUGUGAAGGCUUGCAUUAUCUUCACCAAAAUGAUAUUGUUCACUUAGAUCUGAAACCUGCCAAUAUACUUCUAGAUGAUAACAUGGUACCAAAAAUUGCUGAGUUUGGUCUCUCAAGGUGCUUUGAUGAAAACCAAACCCAUGCUACGAUUUUAAAAGCUUAUGGAACAAUUGGCUAUAUGGCACUAGAAGCGCCUAAUAGAAAAAUCAGGCGCGAGCUAGACAUUUAUAGCCUUGGUGUAGUAAUCGCAGAGAUAUUAACAAGGCAGAAGGGUUAUCCGGCAGUUGAGAAUGUUCUAGAAACCUGGAAGACCAGGAUGGGAACAUCAGCGGGCAUACUGUUGGAACAAGUGAGGGUAUGUACCGACAUUGCCAUAGAUUGCAUGAGUUGUGACCCAAGAAAGAGACCACAUGUACAGCAUAUAAUUGAUAUGCUUAGUGGGAUGGAAAGUAUGAAUGUGUGUUGUACAGGUCGAGUGUGUUCAAAAAUGCAUUCAGAAAUCAUGGCUAGGGAGCUACAUCAUACUGAGCAUGAGGUACCACCAGACUCAAGAUUUAAGAAAACGGUCGUCCUCUACACUACGACCCUCGGAGGCAUAAUGAAGACAUUUGAAAACUGUAAUAAGGUACGCACAGCACUCCAGUUACUACGACACAUCGAUUUUGUUGAAAAGAAUUUGUUGGACAGGUCUGAUUACUUGAAAGAGCUAAGGGCGCUGGCAAAUUACCAGUCGUACACAUUACCAGUUCUCUCCAUCAAUGGCAAAUAUAUUUGUGACGCGCCAACACUUCUGAAGCUCAUUGACCAAGGGGAGCUGGCUAUGUUAUUCCACUGAGCUAGGCAGACAGCAGCAGGUUAUCCGUACACUCGCAUCUCGCUCUAUGUUUGUUAGCAUGCAGAUAUCCUGGCCCCUCCCAUGAACAUCCCAGUAAUUUCUUGUGUCAAUAAGCGUGUAUUAAUCUUCGUUGCCUUCGUAAUCAACUGCGUGGCAUUGAACAUGGUUUGGUCAUCACAUAAUGUAUCAUAGCAAUCAUGACUACUGUUUGAUUCAUCAGUGGAAUCUAAUCUACGUUGAUUC